AUUGUUGAAAUGCGUUGGUAUGCGAUUUGGAGGAACUUUGGGUCCGUUGACAUAUCCAGGACUACUGAAGCACAAGUUCAGUGUGUUUUGGCGCUGUCCUCUGUUAGUAAUCUUUGAGAAUCAGUUAUGCAUGACAGCUUUAGCAGUUCUACGCAAGGACUUCUGAGAAUUUUGGCCUGUUGAUCUUGCCGCUACUUUGCUCAUGGUGCCUGCUUUUGAAUUCUCUCAACAACAAUGAUAGGCUAGAACCACAAAGUCUAAAAUGUUGUCCUCAAGUCCAAUAGUUUGUGAUGUAGUUGAUCAGGAUGCUAUUAGCACUUGGGCAUGCAUGGUUGAUGGUUCAGUGGUGACCUCCAUGACGUAGUACCUUUUGUGAAGCAUUGAGUGGAUUUUGCCUCAUCAAUAUCCUUUCAAGAUUUUGUGAAUGAGAAGUAGGGCUCCCUGUCUGAUAUUAGCUUAUUCAGUCACCUGCCAAAAGAAUCUGAAAGUGAACUCAACUACAUUUACUUGUUCUUCAUAAUUCUCGUGGUUUCUGCAUACUUAAGUUGACUCUUCUUUUUUGUUAGGCAGUCCACCUAAAGCUUUUUAGGCUUACACAUCCUACAUUUGUUGAAUUAAGCUGUGAGAAUCAUGGACGCUGAUAUAUUCUGUAAAAGCCUCUAGAAGAAAAUCUGAAACUGCUGCUCCUUUUCUUUUCUUUUCUUUUCUUUUCUUUUCUUUUCUUUUCUUUUUCUUUUUCUAUCUAGUUAGAAAUUGGUCUGAUCCUUGUUGCUAGCAUUCAGAAGGUUCGGGUGCUAGAUUUUCCGGCCUUGUUUGGGAUACUCCUCUUUCCAGAUCUUGACACAGUUUUGUUUCUGAUCUUUUUUCUAACGUCGUCUAUCAUUGCCCUUAUCUGAUUAAGUUGGAGUGUGAUAAUUUGAUCUCAUAUAUGCAUCAAAAGUAGAUCAUCAAGGAAUUACCGUUUGGUUCAGACAAAAUUGGCAGAGGGAUGCUUAUGACAGUUAAGUUGGCAGAGGCAGAACACCUCAGAUUGGUUUACACAUGAUGUCUUAUUGUAAUUGGGUCUAAGUAGCCUCUUAACUGGUGAAGCAUGCAAAGCUUCCGGAAGUUUCCCUACUUCAUGCUGCAGACAGCUUUCAAAGUUAUGUUAGUUGAGGUAGUAUUUUCCAGAGUUGCCAUAUGAAGCAAAAGAAGUUAUAUUUGAGAACAUGUGUUUAUCCUUUUUGGCUAAACCAGUUUGUUGCUGAUUAGAAACUUUGUGUGACGUGUGUCCAUGUUUCACCAAAUAACUGGAGGAAAUUCAGAGGUAAUGGUCUCUUUUUGGUUGCAAACAUAGCUAAUGUCUUUCAAUUCGUAUAAAAUACUCGAGUUGGUAACUGAUCCGAGCUCUACCUUUUGGAAAUAACAUCAUGUUAUUGGGACUAUGAGCCAGAGUCAUGACACUUUUUGGGAAUGUUGCAAGAUCUUUGAAGGUGAAGUUUUUUAUGAAGGUUUCUUUCAACAUCGAGCACUUUCUCUUGAUGCAAGCUGAAACUUAAGUGGAUGGCGAAUUCUUUGUCUGUUACACGAUUUCUGAAAAAUGCAAGAGUUUGCCGCAAUAAGCUGAAGUUCACUGAGUGUAGUCAAUACAAGUGAGAUCACGGGCCAUCUGCUAGAUUGAAUUAGGAUUAAGAUCUCCUCCUUGUUUGAUUGCUCAAAUUUUCUUUACUGGUCUUUGUUUUGCGGAAUUCAGGCCUCAGAGAAACUAAUGUCUGUCUUCUGAUCAUAUUAUGUUGGAAAGAGAUACAGGUCGUCCUCGUGGAUUUGGCUUCCUGACUUUUGCUGACAGAAGGGCGAUGGAUGAUGCAAUCAGGGAUAUGCAUGGUAGAGAAUUUGGAGAGCGGGUCAUCUCAGUUAACAAGGCCCAACCUAAGGGAGCUGAAGACUCUGGAAAUGGCCAUGGAAGUCGCACAGCAGGGGGGCGGGGGAGUUAUGGUGGAAGAGAUAGGCCAGCAGCAGGACCAGAUGAUUGCUUCAAAUGCGGCCGGCCAGGACAUUGGGCACGAGAUUGUCCAUCAGCUGGUGGUGGUCGAGGUGCUCGUCCACUGUCACCACCACCACCACCACCACGUUCUAAGUAUGGUGGCCCCCCUAGCCGUGGGGAUCGUUUUGCAGAUGAUCGCGAUAGAUUCGUGGAUGAUAGAUAUGACAGAGGUCGUUAUGGUGAUAAAGAUCGUUAUGACAGCAGAGAUGAUCGAUAUGGGGGUGGUCGUGAUCGAUAUGCUAAUGACAGGUAUGCCCCACCCGGAGACCGGUUCGCUGCUGAUAGGUACGUCCCCCCUGCUGCUGACCGUUACCCUCAUAACGGAUAUGGCAGAGACAGAGCUUACGAUAGAGAUGUAGGACCCAGAGGUGCUGGUGAUAGAUAUGGAGGUGGUGGUGGUGGUCCUGCACGAUAUGAUGGGAGAAGCUAUAGGGAGAGGCCAGCUCCGUACGACCGUCCUAGAAAGGGAGGGAGACCACCGUCCUUGGACCGCUACUGAACAGCCUCGUGCAUAUUCGACUGUCGUAACAUUUCGUGUAAGGGCGUACUUUUUGCGACUGUCCUAACAUUUCAUGUUAGGCGUACUUUUUGUGAAUUUUAGCCUUCUUACCUUGCCAAUUGCCAUAGCACCAUAGGUGUAGAAUGAGAUAUCUUGCUUGAUGCAUCAUUAUAACCAUUUCUCGUAGUUGUUUUCUUGAUGGUAUGUUGGUUUAUGAUCUAUCAUCCGCAUGUUGUUUA